GCGGAGCACGCUGGGACAGGGGAAGGGGCGGGGCGUAGUGAAGUGUGGUUGGAAGCAACGAGUCUCCUUCUUUCGCGCGCCUUUCGAGCGGCGGCGGACGGUGCCUACAAUGGCUGAACGGCCUGAAGACCUGAAUUUGCCCAAUGCUGUUAUAACCCGCAUCAUCAAGGAAGCGCUUCCAGAUGGAGUGAACAUUUCCAAAGAAGCCCGGAGUGCUAUCUCCCGUGCUGCCAGUGUGUUUGUGUUGUAUGCCACAUCGUGUGCCAAUAACUUUGCAAUGAAGGGAAAGAGGAAAACUCUGAAUGCUACAGAUGUCCUCUCAGCCAUGGAGGAAAUGGAGUUCCAGCGAUUUGUUGGCCCUCUGAAGGAGUCUUUGGAAGCUUACAGGCGUGAUCAGAAAGGCAAAAAAGGAGCUGUGGAGCUGAAAAAGAAAGACAAAGAUAAGAAGGAAGAUUCUGAGGAUACAGAUAAGAACCGUGAGGAUGAGAAUGAAGAUGAGGAUGAAAGAAUGGAAGAAGAGGAACAAAAUGAUGAAGAGGAAGUGGAUAACUGAGCAGCUCAGUGAGAGGCUGCUGAGGCCAGGCAUCCUUUCACGUGGAAGGAAGCGAUGCUGCCUCACAUUUUGCAGUAAGGUGCCCUGGUGGUCUGUAAGGCCUGUUGCCAUAUUGGGGUAACACCAACAAAAGUCUUAGACUUCAGCUGCUUGAGGCAAAACCUAUUUGGAACAAAGUGCCAGUGAUGAUGAAGAAAAGGCUGCCUCCCUCCAUGAUCUGGACAGCUUAUUAAUGUAAUAGACUGGGUGUUGAUAUAGGGAGUGGGAUGAAGCACAGAGGAAUCCCGCAAAACUGAGGGAAACAGACAUUAAAUAAGUCAGUUUUGCUAAUGAUGUCAGCUUUGGUGCAUCUCUGGCUGAUUGGGUUCAAAUGCGGGGUGUCGAAUGCUCAGGCUGUGGAAUAGGCGGGGCUUUUUCUCAGAGAGCAGCCCACCUUGGCUGUCUCACUCUGCUAUCUCUUCCCUCCAGCAGUGCCUUCUUUUUUUUGUCUGAGGAUGCUGUUUGGGUCCUCUCCUCUUAACCUUCAUGUUUUCUGUGUCCCCAUGGUGGCCAUCUUUCCCCACAGUUCUGGUUCUCCUGAUGCCUCUUCAUGACUCAGUUUUGGAGCUACUGUUUCUACCAUGAACUCUCUAAAGUGUGGUUUGUUAAACUGAAGCUUUUCUACUAAAGCAAUUAAAAGACAAAACUAA